ACAGAAGUGGGAAGGCACACCAAGGAAGGUCCUGGCCGGCUAGGGUCCCAAGAGGAGACUCCUUAAGGAACCCAGGUCCCGCUUCUCUGAGAUCCAGUGUCCUGGCCCACAAUGAGCUCUACCUCCAGCAAUCCUGGUGAUGGGGACACCACUGAGCAACUCCAGCUGGGGCUGGACACUGUGAUCCAGAGGUUGGAGGACACCAUCCUGAGCCCCAUGGCCAGCAGGGAAGACCGAGCACUGACUCUGCGUGGAGAAGGCCAGCAUGCCUCACCCACCCCUGUGCCUGCCCGCAUCCGACAGAUCGUGGCCAGCAGCCUGGGUGAUGAGCCGCCCCAAGGGCCACAGCACCCGCCAGCUGCCACAACCCAUGCGCAAGAGGAGAGCGAGCUCCUGCAGGAAGAGCUGGUUCGGCUGGAGGGCCUGUUAGCCCAGGCAGAUGCUGAGCGGGAGGAGCUGGCCAGCAAGUGCCACAUGGUCAGCCAGGGGCUGCAGGCACGGCUGGAGACCGCCAAGGCCCAGCUGCGGAGAUCCGAGUUGGAGCACAGCAUAGACCUGGAGGAGGCCUUAGGCCGGCUGGAGGCCUCACAACAGAGGAGCAUGGGCCUCUCCCAAGUGAACACUCUCCUGCGGGGCCAGUUGGACCACAUGCAGAAGGCCAAUGACAUGCUGGCCAGGGAGCUGGCCAGGACGACGGGAAGCCUUCUCCGCCUGCAGGGUGAAGUGGAGCUGCGUGAAACCCAACACAGGGCCAAGAGAGAGAUCCAGAGGAUGGGCCUCAGGGAGCCUCAAGACUUCCUCCGCCUAUGGAGACAGGCCAAGAAAGUACAGGCACGCAUGACUGAGCUGCGGGCAGCCACUAAGAAGGAUCUCACAGACAUGCGGGCAGACAUGACCAGGAUGUCACAGCACCUGCACACAGCCUGCCUGAACCUUCACUCCAACCUGCAACUGGAAGCCAACAGAGGAACCAGUGUCCUGGAGCAGCAGCUGCAGGAGCAAGCCAGGGACAUGCUGCAGCUGCAGAGCCGCUGGGCCACAGAGAAGGUGGUGCUGCAGGCCAGACUCUCAGAACAGAUGCUGCUGGUAGAGAAGCUCACAGAGCAAAAGGAACAGAAAGAGAAAACCAUCACAGCUCUCAGAAUGGAUAUCCAGCAGCUGGAACCCCGGCACGGCAGGGGCCAGGUGGUAGAAAAUGAUCUCAGGGACGAGGCUGAAGCCCUGCACCACGUCCUGACAAGCAUCACAGAGGUGGCUCGGGCAGACGCCAUGUGUCCAGAGUUGUCCUGGAGCAGCACUGGAGGUGAGCAGGCACAGAGUCAGCUAAGGAGCUCUCUACACUCUGCAUCGCCCCACCACGGUGUGUUCUGCCCACCACGAGCCAACUCCGCAGCCAGCCUGCACCCUGCACUUCAAGCUGUGCGGGCAGCCUUCGAAAGACGGCAGAGGAGGGAGCAGGAACUGCGUGUGCAGCUAGAGUCCUCCCAAGAGGCCACAGCCAGGCUCCAGGAGCAGCUCUGCAAGCACCAGCAGGAGCUGCGGGCCUCACAGAAGCUCCUGCAGGACGGGGCACGGACACGCGAGGACCUCCUGAGCCAGCUGGAGGCCCAGAGGUGGGAGGCACGGCACUGCCAGGCAUCCACGGAGCUGCUGGGAAGGGAGAAGGCGGCCUUGGAGAUAGCAGUGGAGGAGCUGAGAGUGAAGGCAGAUAGCCUGGAUGCAGAGACUCAGAGGCUAGAGGCCACAAAUACAGAACUGCGGAGAAGCCUUCUGCUGCGGGUGGAACAGAAAGCAGAGCUGGCCCAGCAGGGUGAGCAGAGCCUGCGCAAGCUGGAAGCCAGCCAGGAACGCCUGGAGCAACUGGAGGACAAAGUCUCUGGGCUCAGGAAGGAACUGGCCAGUGCCCGGGAGGCACUGAGCACAGCACAGCUGCAGAGAGACAUGGCAGAGAGCGAGAGGGAGAGCCUACAUGGUGCUCUGACCCGGGCUGAAUCCAGCAAUGCUGACCUGGAACUGCUGGUGACACGGCUGAAGUCGGAGGGCCUGGAGCAACGGGACUCCUUAGCCACAAUGGCUGCCCUGAUGGAAGGCCUGGCCCAGGACAAAGGCACUCUGAACCACCUGGUUCUCCAGCUGGAGCAGGAGCGGGACCAGCUUCGGGAGCAGCAGAAGGUGCUGGAGCAAAAGCAGGCUGGUGCCAGGGAGCAGCUGAAAUGGGCAGAACAGCAGCUAGAGCAUGCAAGGACUGAGCGGAGAAGCCUGCAAGAGACCUGUGGACACCUGGAACAGCAGCAGGCGCAUCUGGAGGGGCAGGUGGCCCUGCUUGGGCAUGAGAGGGCUCGGCUCCUGGAGCAGGUGGGCCAGGUCACAUAUAAGAAACAAACCCUGGAAGAGCAGCUGGCACAGAACCUGCAAGACCAGGAGGCCCAGAUGAACACACUGCGGGAAAGUCUACAAGAGAAAGAAACUUUGUCUGAGGAGCGGACACAAUUACUGGCCAAGCAGGAAGCCCUGGAGAAACAAGGCCAGCUUGCAGCUGAGAAGGCAGCUGAUCUGAGGGCUCAGAGGGACGCUCUGGAGAGCAGCCUCUUUGAGGCCCAACAGAUGGUGAAACAGCUGCAGGCACGGCAGGGACAGCUGGAAGAAGAAACCCAGAGUGCUCAGGCAGCCUGCCAGGCUUUGCAAGAAGAAAUGAAGCAGAUGAAAAGUGAUUGGGAGGUCCAAGAGAUGAAGCUGCAGUGGGACCUGGUGCAGCUGCAGCAGCAGGUGGCACAGCAGGAGCAAGAUGCACAGCUGGCCCUGGAGAAUGAGGCACUGACCCAUCAAGAAGACCUGGCACGUCUCCAGAGGGAGAAGGAGACCCUCAGAUCCUCCCUGGCAGAGGAGAAGGAGGUGGCUGCCCACCGGCUACAGCAAGAAAAAAAUCUGGUGGAAAAAAGUACAGCUCAGAGAAAGGCUCUGGAGGAGGAAGUACAAAGCCUGAAGCAGGAGAGGGAUGAGAGCCUCCUCCAGCUGGAACAUGAGAUGCAGCAGGCCCUGUCUCUGAAGGAAGCAGAGAGGACCCUGUUGAGCAAAGAGCUCUCUGGGGCCACCAGGGAGCUAGAAAGAACACGGCAGGAGGCCCAGAGCCAACAAACACAAGCUGAGACCACUAUUGCCACAAUGACCAAGGAACUGAGGACCCUCCAGGCCCACUUUGAGAAGGCCAUCUCUACCCACCAGAAAGAGGCUACAACUCUGAGAAAGAUGCUCCAGGAGAUGACAGCAGAGAGGAGCAAUGCAUGGAGAGAGUCCAAGGGGCUGAGGGCACAGCUGACCACUGCCCAGGAAGGGCUGGCCGAGCUGCGCCGAGCACUGCAGGACAGCGAGGAGAGCUGUGAGAAACUGCACAGAGAGGCCCUGGAAGCCCAUCGAGCACUGGAUGAUGAGACCCGAGAGAAGGAUGUGCUGCAGCACUCCAACACUGAGCUGCGGGCAGCCAUCUGCCGGGCCAAGCAAGAGAAGGCCAGGUUCAAGCGGUCCAAGGAGGAACAGGAGCAGAAGCUGCUUGUGCUGGAGGAGGCCCAUGCAGUGGCUCAGAAGGAAGCCUGUGAGCUGAGGGCCCGGCUACAAGAACUGAAGCAGGGGCAGGGAGACACCCGCAGGGAGCUCCAGGCAUGCCUCAGACAGGUGAGGACACUGGAGGCUGAAAACCAGAGGAAGAACCAGACAAUAAGCAACCUGCAGGCUCAAGGCUUGCAGGACGCACAGCAGCAGCAACAGAGCCGGCGGAAGGAACUGGAGCUGCAGAAACAGGCAGCUGAGGCCCAGGCUGCUCACGAGAGUGCCCAGAAGGAGGUCCUGGAACUACGGCAGAAGUUAGUGGAGACAGAAGCCACAGGGGAGGCCAGGGAAAAGCAGCUGGAGGGACCCCUCCGUGAAAGCCAGGCGCUUGGGCAGAUCCUGCGGGCAGAGCUUCACAGCAUCACCACAAAACUGCAGAAGGCCAACAGCCUGGCUACGAGCCUCCAGGCACGCCUAGACAAUGCCUAUGGCCAGAUCCACAGCCUGGAGCAGGAGCUGGCCCAGGCUGUGAGUGCCAAGAGGGACAUGAAGGUCCAUCUGGGCCAGCUGUACUCCACACUCCGCCAAGGCCUGCGGCUUCAAGGGAGGAGCCCCUUCACCUCUCCAGAGUGGUCCGAACCCCCCACAAGAGGCAGAUCCCAGGUUCGCUCUGGAAGACAGAGUACCAGCCCUACCAGGCCCUACUCACCAGCCCAAUGGCCCUCACCCACAUCUGGAGACCCUGACCUAGAGGUUAUGGACGUGACCUCUGUGAGGGAUGCCCUGAGGGACCUGCUACAGAAGCUUAGAGACACCCAGCAGGAGUGGGACAACUCCCGCAUCCAAGUGACAAGGCUGAGAAGCCGCUUGAGCGAGACAGAAAGUGAGCAUGCCCGGAUCCAAAGCCGCAUGGGGCAGCUGCAGAGGGCCCUGGCCAAAGCUGAGGAAGGCCGGCGCCAGGCAGAGAGCAUGCUGCGCAGUGCCCAGGCAGCAAGAGUCCUACAGAAGGAGGCACUGCAAAGGCUGGAAGCCGCGCACCUAGCGAGCACACGAGCUGCAGGCCAAGAGAAGCGGAGGCUGCAGGAGCAAUUGGACACACUGCGCCAGGCCCUUGCGCAGUGCAGCCGACACAGCCAGGGCCUUGUGGAGAAAGGGAAGCUACUGGAUCCCCUGAAGCAGGUGCUCCGACGACGACGCAGCGACCAAGCAGCUUUGGCUGCACAGCGGGCAGAACGGCGCGCGCUGCGGGAACAGACGUCUGCGCUGCGAACGGAGCGGGCUCGCCUGCAGGGGGCGCUCGCGACACUGCGCACGCGCCUCAUGCAGAUGGAGCAGGAGAUACUGAGGAAAGAGGGGGAUGCAGCGAGGUUGGGGGCUGAGAAGAAACUGCUGGACGAGUCCCUGAGCAGCCUGCACCAGGAGGUGGAUGGGGCCGUGCAGCAAAGCCAGCAGAUGCAGGGCCAGAUGGCAGAGUUGGAACAGGUCCACACUCAGCGGCUCCAAGAGCUGGCUGCCCAGCGCCAGCAGGACUUAGCUACAGAGGCUGAGAGGCUCCACAGAACCCAGCUGGAGGCCACACAAGCAGUGGAUUCCCAUGAGCACACCCACCAGCAGCGAGUGAAGGUGUUGGAGAAACAGGUGGUGAGCCUGAAGGAGCAGCUGGACCAGGAAGUGCAGCGGCAGCAACAGGCCCGCCAUGGCCAGGCCUUCUGGGCCAGGCAGUGACCCAGCUACAGAAGCCACUCUCAGCAACCUCAGGCCCUGUGCCACCCUGACCAGCCAGAGAGCCAAGCACCAGGGAAGCUACUGGGGAGACUGGUGCUGUGCAUUCUGUACCAGGGAGGCCAAGCUCAACAGCACAGGUGUUACUGGGAGAGGACAUACACAUGGGCAGCAGCCACCACACAGAGUAUGAUACUGGCUCUUCAACAGUGGGCACAGGCCUGAGUCCCCAAAUCUGCCAUGGGAUCCUCAGUCUGUGGCUGGGCUGGGUCAACUUGCCAGUAACUGGUCUCUGACACUCCCUCCUGCACAGGGAGCAAGAUCACAGGCCCCUCAGCCCACACAGGGCCUGGUGUCCCAUUUUGAGUUUUGUUGCUCUGCUUUGGCCAGACCCUGGUGGCCAGCCCCAUCAGACCAGCUCCCUCUCCACAGGAUGCAUUCCGUGCCCUCACUCUGUAAACACAGGAAAACACAUGGAAAACAUUUCCACCAGUCAGAGCCAAAAAAUAAUGUCCUGCAAGGCCAGCCACCACACCCCGCAUUCAGAGGCCGGGGAACCUUCUGCAUCCAGGAACUGCCAACCAGUUACAGUGGCAGGUGGCUGGAAAUGACUCAGAUGCAAGUCCCGUGACUCACAGGCCACAAGGGCAUUGGAGUGUGAGAUCUGAAGUCAUUUCAGAGCCUCCUGCUUUUUAAACAGUGGGAAAAUGCAGGUGGGAAUCUGCCCACCCUGGUCACUACAGAGACUAAGGCCA